UGAGAAAAUUAACAAUAAAUUACUUGGUAUUUAAUAGGAAAUUAUAAAUUGCAAUGAGUCUUUGGAUUGAUAAACAUCGACCAACAAAUCUUUCAAAGUUAACAUAUCAUCUAGAACAAGCAGGUAGAUUAAAAAAAUUGGUAAACAAUGCUGAUUUCCCUCAUCUUUUGAUAUAUGGUCCCUCAGGAGCAGGAAAAAAGACAAGAAUUAUGUGUAUAUUAAGAGAAUUGUAUGGAGCCGGUGUAGAGAAGGUGAAAUUGGAACAACAGAGUUAUUUGACACCCUCUAAAAAGAAAAUCGAAAUAUCUUCAAUUAGUAGCAACUACCAUAUUGAAAUAAAUCCCAGCGAUGCUGGAAUUUAUGAUCGUGUUGUAAUUCAAGAGCUAAUAAAAACAACAGCGCAAACUCAUCAACUAGAUUCUACAUCACAGAAAUCUUUUAAAGUUAUACUUUUAAUGGAAGUAGAUAGAUUAACAAAAGAUGCCCAGCAUGCUUUGCGCAGAACCAUGGAAAAAUAUGUUGCUACUUGUCGGCUAAUUUUAUGUUGCAACUCAACUAGCAAAGUAAUCUCUGCUAUUCAAAGUCGUUGUCUUGGUAUUCGUGUACCUUCUCCCAGCACUGAAGAGGUAGUGCAAACACUUAAUAGUGUAUGUAAAAAAGAAGGCCUGAAUCUUCCCAGUGAAUUAGCUAAUAGAAUCGCUCAAAAGGCUGAAGGAAACAUGAGAAGAGCAUUAUUGAUGUGUGAAGCAUGUAGAGUUCAACAGUAUCCAUUUACAGCGGAUCAGUCUAUCCAAGAAGCAGAUUGGGAAACAUACUUAAAACAGACAGCAAAUAUGAUUAUUGAACAACAGACGCCUCAAAGAUUGAUGGAAAUUCGAACAAGGAUCUAUGAGUUGUUGACUCAUUGUAUUCCAGCAGAAGUUAUUAUAAAGGGACUUUUAAGAGAACUUGUUAAAAAUUGUGAUGGAAGCCUUAAGUGUGAAAUCGUGCAACUUGCGGCGCAUUAUGAACACAGACUUCAGCUUGGAACUAAAGCUAUUUAUCAUUUAGAAGCAUUUGUUGCUAAAUUUAUGAGUGUUUAUAAGCGGUUUUUUGAAGAAGGAAUGGCAGACAUGUUUUAAAAUUAAACAACUGAAUUAAUUCUGAUUGAUUUAUUUUGUGAUGAUUUUGGAAAGAACGCAAUUAUUGAUCAUUAAAAAUAACUAAAGUAUAACCGUAUUAAAACUUACAUGGAAACAUAAAUACAUGGAUACAUAUCUGCAUGUAUAAUAACCUAGAUUUUCCACAACGCUGUUAAUAAAUGAUAAAUGAAAUCUCUUUGUGUUUUACAGUUAUAAUAUUUAAAAAAUGAAACAAAACACUAUUCGUCAGAAAGGAUUUUUUUUAUAUCAAAUUAUAAACUUUGGUUUUUGCUGUGUGUAUAUUUUCUUGUGGAUAAUUAAAAACAUUAGCAUGAUUAGGAAUAA